AUGUUUGAAUAUGAUGUAUUUAUUGUUGCUUUCAUAUACUCGUAUUUAAUUUUAAUUAGCUUUGACUUGCCUAUUGAGUGCAUGGUUACGGAAGAACAUUAUAUCGAUAAUCCUUUACCUGAAAUCGAUGUUCUCAAGUUAAUAGUAAAGCAUUUAAAUUGGCUUGACUACAGUUAUUUGGUGAGCAAGAUAAGAGAAGCAAACUGGUCCAAAUGUGAAUUAUGCAAUAUUAGUUUCCAAAAAUCAGGAGCUUCAAGUACCCCACGAGAUCUAGUGUUAGGUAUGGGUUAUGGGAAAUCUGUUCGAUCAUAUAUUACCUUUGUAAGAACGCUAAGAUCAGUUAAUUGCAAAGCAAGUGUCAUAAUACUUACAGAUAAUAAAUUAUAUACCUCCUUCAAUGAAAAUGAAAGGAAGGCACUUGAUAACUGCGGUGCAAUUCUGAUUUCGGUUGGAUAUUUGAGACCUUAUAAAUCAUGUGAAACAAUAACGACAAGGCACAUAGUUAUGGGUGCUUUUUUAAAGUUCUAUAGGGCAUUGUUUGAUAGAGUGAUUGUUACUGAUUUACAAGAUACAUUAUUCCAGAUGGACCCAUUUUUAGAUUCAUUCCCUCGUACAAACUCAUAUGGAACGUAUGAGAAUGAUAUGCUUGUGAGCAACCCGAUUAAUAACCGUUGGAUACGAGAAACAGAUCCAAAAUAUUCAUAUGAAAAAUAUAAAGGCAAAUAUAUCAUGAAUGCUGGAUGCUUAUACGGCUCAGCGAGAGCAAUGGCCGAUUUAUAUGAAAGUUAUAUUAACCUUAGUUAUUGGUUUAGUUAUCCAACGAAAACACUUGAUCAGCCGCUUCUUAAUUUAAUGUUCUACGAUGGAUUGCUUGCACCUUCAUUUAAAAGAGAUCUAAAGGGCGAAAUUAUGAUAUCUGCAACAUAUUGGUACUUCAAGAAUGAAAUGACUAAAGAUGGUCUUUUCCAACUAUCUUCGGGAGGAACUCCAAGAGGCAUUCAUCAAUACAAUAGAAUUUGUUUCAUAAAUGCGAAGAUUCAAGAACUAUGUCCACCACUGGGAGAUUGGCAUAGAGAUCCUUAUGGAAACUAUGAACACGUGCUUCAGGGUUGCUGA